AUGGCCUCCGACGCACCCGAGGAAUUCGAUUACGAGGCUCUCCCCUCCAAUUAUGGUCUUGGCCGGAACAUGCUGGCGGGUGCUUUCGCAGGAAUAGCGGAACACUCUGUGAUGUACCCCGUGGAUUUGCUCAAGACUCGCAUGCAAAUUCUGAACCCGUCAUCGGGUGGGCUGUACACGGGAUUGACCAACGCGGUCUCUACAAUUUACCGCGUUGAGGGCUGGCGGACACUAUGGAAGGGUGUUUCCAGUGUGGUUGUGGGCGCGGGUCCGGCACACGCGGUGUACUUCGGUACAUAUGAAAUUGUGAAGGAAAUGGCUGGCGGCAAUGUUGACGACGGACACCACCCCCUGGCUGCUGCCAUGAGUGGAGCCUCCGCUACAAUCGCCAGCGAUGCGCUUAUGAACCCGUUUGAUGUCAUGAAGCAACGUAUGCAGGUUCACGGCUCUGUUCACAAGACCCUGGCACAAUGCGCCAAGACCCUCUAUCGCACUGAGGGUCUCCAGGCUUUCUACGUAUCCUACCCUACCACACUUUGCAUGACUGUGCCUUUCACGGCUACUCAGUUUGUUGCCUACGAGUCGAUCUCGAAGGUGAUGAACCCCAAGCAAGAUUACGACCCCUUCACCCACUGCAUGGCUGGUGGUUUGGCCGGUGCCUUCGCAGCUGGUAUCACCACACCCCUUGAUGUCGUCAAAACCCUCCUCCAAACUCGAGGACUUGCGGACAGCGAGGAAGUUCGGUCGGCACGAGGUCUGUGGAACGCCGCCGGUAUCAUCAAGCGCCAAUUCGGCUGGGCAGGCUUCUUGCGGGGCAUGCGACCCCGUAUCAUUUCCACCAUGCCUAGCACUGCGAUUUGCUGGACAUCCUAUGAGAUGGCCAAGGCAUACUUCAAGGAACAAUACGACUAA